CAGCCUUUGCAACGCCCGUUAACUUUCUGAAAGGCCUCACUUCAGCAGUUCGCCGCAUAAAAUUCUGGCUGAUAUCUUUCACUUCCCCGCCUUCUUGCUUCUUCCGUUGUCAGUCACCCUUCCCAAAGCCUUGGCAAGGAGUACUACGCCCACUCAUAAUCUUUCACGUCUACCUUUCUCCUUCUCUUCCUCUCUACUCCCCUACGCACCCUCUAUAUAAUCCUUCUCCUCUUCUUUCCUCUCUUCUCCACUCGCGGAGCACCUCAUCCUCCGACACAAAUCCCAACCUACCUCUAUAUACACCCAUUGUCGCCACCGACUCCACCUAUCAACACUCAGAAUGAAUCAAGCAGAGGACGUCGAAGUCGUUCUGGCUCACGAUCGCCGAUACAAAUUCCACUCGGGCACCCUGGCCCGCAACAGCACCCUACUUGCGGACCUACUGAUCGAACCCUAUGCCGCAAAGCUCAGCAAUCGGGCGAAGAACGCGGGCAUCAAGAUCCGAUGGAUGAUCGAGCUGAAAGAGCUGCCCUCCGACAAGCAUCCUGCCGGGAUCCUGGACCUCGUGGAACUCACGCCCGCCGGUGAGCGCGCGGACGGCCGCACCGGCCUGAUCGUUAAUGAGAACGGGCGCAUCCCAACCAAGAUCUUCGACCACUACGAAGCCAUCUUGUAUGCCUUUUACAACAAGGAAAUGCGCAUCUGCGACUCGGACAUGCGCGCCGCACUCGACGACGUCAUCCAGAUCAUCGCCAUCGCAGACUACCUCGGCUGCACCAACAUCAUCAGCAAGCCCGUCGAGGUCGCGCUGAUGAAGCAUGGACAGAGCCUCUUCCGCGCAGUCCAGAGCAUGCCGCAUCUCUGGGCCAAGAUGGCCUACGACAUCAAGUCGGAGCUCAUCUUCCGCGAGGCUAUGGUGCAUCUGGCGGGAAAUUGGAAGCGCAUGCAGGCGAAGCCCGCAGCGAUGCUGACCCUGAAGGAGUACCCUGGAAUAGGCUUGCUAGCGGAGAAAUGCCAUGCGCGACUGGUUGACAAGGGAAAGACGCUGGAGCAGAUGGUUAUGAGCGCGUACCCCGGCCGCAUGGACAAGCCGACCGAUUACCCGCCCAUCAAGCGCGAAGAGUACGCUAAAGACAUCCUCGUCUGGAUGGCGCUGGCCUUUUUCCGGCACUGGCUCGGCCAGCGCAUCAUCUUGGAGAAGGGCCACCAGGCUGACGACAGCGGCUACGAACUGUACCGUUCGCUCGGCUCCGCUGGCGAAGCCUACAUGAACAAGCCCAUCAUGAACCAGUUUCACCACAGGUUCCCGAUGACGAAAAAGGCGAUGAACGUGCUCGAGAACCACCUGCUGGAGAUCAAGGAGAACAUCAAGCAGCGUGUGGAUCAGCACGGGAUCCUGGAGAGCUACUGCCAGUUGGAUGUGCAUCGGUACCCGGUCGACUAUCUUACAUGCGUCAAGGUCGAGCGAGAGGAUUUCCCGUGGCUGACGCAGGAUCUCCCGUCGGCUACGCCGGGUGCUGGUCUCAAGCGUGGUAGGCGUCCAGGCGGCAAUGACAUCGCGAGACACAAUCUUGUGGCCGCCAAGCGGUCCCAGGAGCGCGAGGCGAGCUUCGACUUGGACGAUGAGGUAACUGCGGCUUCAGCUGAGGGUCUGAGAAGGCGUUUGGUUGAAAGGAAAUUGGCUUUGUACAAGUACAAGGCUCUGGCUUUAUUGGCCUAUUCUCAAGUGCAUGUUCCUUAGACAUGUUCUUUCGCCCUCACUUCGCGUCCCUAUGAUAUCGUCCCGUCUCCGUGCCAUGCCCUGGAGCGCUCCGCGCACCCGAAUUCCCCACCUAUUCGUCCUCGAACCCGCUCGGUCUUGGUCGCGGUCCCUUUGGUACUGCGCAUGGUUAGCCUUCCAUUCUAUUUCGCUCUGUCCAUCUGCAUCUCCGGCGCUUCCAUCCGGGUUGGCGGGAUGUACGUACUCGGAUACGUCUGCGGAAUCCUCGCUCUCCUCUCAUCGCCCAAAUACCUCCGUAUCGGCGGCACAACCACCAGAAUCGCCGG